GCACUGCAGCAGAUUAAGUUACAAGUUGAUACAACAACUUGCAGAUCAUUAGUUGUUAAAACUGCAGCAGAAACUAAAGAUGUUGUCUUUCGCAAUUUUCAAAUUCUUACUUCUAAUUUUUGCUUUUGAAAUCAAAAAUGGAGUCCUGGCUGCCGAAUGCAAUGUCUGUACUAAUACCACUCAAAUGGCGUGUGUUUCGGAAACCGAAUAUCAGUUUUGUGUGAAUAAUCUCCCGACUGGAAGUGCAAGCAGUUGCCCCUUGGGUUAUGUGUGCUCCACGACAACAUCGGCAAUUUGUGUCUCAACGACAAUGAAUAUUCCAGCAUCCUGUGGCAGUUGCAAUGUGUGUUCGACAAAUUUAACAUUUGCCUGCACAGGAACCAACACCUACGCUUUGUGCCUGGGAACAAGUGUACCCUCAACCACAGCCGUUGGUAGUUGUGGUACAAAUUUGGUGUGUAACACAAAUUUUGCUGAAAUGUGUGUUCCCGCCGCGGCAGGGGUAACUGCAACUUGCACAACUACGACCACAACAAGUCCGACUUUUCCCAGUCUUACAACACCUUCAACCUUGCCAACGUAUGCUCAGUAUCUAUGUCAAAUAAUACGCAUAAAUGCCAGAUUUACUCUGCCAGCCGAAGUCGAUAACACUUGCAGGAAUUAUGUCUACUGUUUCCUUACCCGCAAUGGCACAUGGUCUGGUCAAAUUUACACUUGCCCUGGAAGUACAUAUUUUGAUCCAUAUUCCCGUUAUUGUGUGGCUACUAGACCCACUGGAUGUCCUUUUUAAGACACACAGGGACCAACCCAAAAUUUAAUAAAAUGAUUGUUUUGAUGUGUCAAGCUAAAUAAUCCAAUUAA